GUGACGUUGAACGCAUCUCUCCAUUCCAUCCGGGAUAGUUUUCUGGGAUGCGGUUGACGGCUGCGGUAAUGGCUGACUGGAUGGAAGUACUGGAUUAAAUGGUUCUGAUGCUGGCGGGUCUGAUAUUGUACUUGUACAGUACUUGAAGGACAUAGACACAAGGCCAGUUUGUCUGAGAAUCCUCACGAUGUCUAAGACCAGAGAGUCGGUCAAGGUGGUGGUUCGCUGUCGACCCAUGAAUGAGAAGGAGCGAGCUGCUAACUUUGAGAGGGUGGUGCAGGUGGAUGUGAAGCUGGGCCAGGUGGCUGUACGAAACCCCCGGGGGGCUGCAGCCCACGAACACCCCAAGGUCUUUACAUUUGACUCUGUGUACGACUGGAACUCCAAACAGGUGGAUCUCUAUGAUGAAACCUUCAGGCCCCUGGUGGACUCUGUCUUACUUGGUUUCAAUGGGACCAUAUUUGCAUACGGCCAGACGGGUACAGGAAAGACCUACACUAUGGAGGGGGUGCGCAAUGACCCAGAGAGAAGGGGUGUAAUCCCCAAUUCCUUUGAGCACGUCUUCACACACAUCUCCCGCUCCCAGAACCAGCAGUACCUGGUGAGGGCCUCGUACCUGGAGAUCUACCAGGAGGAGAUCAGGGACCUGCUGUCCAAGGACCAGUCCGGCCGGCUGGAGCUGAAAGAGAGGCCAGACACCGGUGUAUAUGUCAAGGACCUCUCCUCCUUCGUCACUAAGAGUGUACGAGAAAUAGAGCACGUGAUGAACGUGGGGAACCAGAACCGCUCGGUGGGCUCCACCAAUAUGAACGAGCACAGCUCCCGAUCACAUGCCAUAUUUCUUAUUACCGUCGAGUGCAGCGAGCUGGGCGUCGACGGAGAGAACCACAUUCGAGUGGGCAAACUGAACCUGGUGGACCUGGCUGGCAGUGAGAGGCAGACCAAGACAGGAGCCCAAGGAGAGCGCCUGAAGGAAGCCACCAAGAUCAACCUGUCCCUGUCAGCCUUGGGGAAUGUCAUCUCUGCCCUGGUGGAUGGCAGGAGCACCCACAUCCCCUACCGUGACUCCAAGCUCACCCGCCUGCUACAGGACUCCCUGGGGGGCAAUGCCCGCACAGUCAUGGUGGCUAACAUCGGACCAGCAUCUUACAACGUGGAGGAGACACUGACCACAUUACGCUACUCAAACCGGGCCAAGAACAUUAAGAACAAGCCCCGUGUCAACGAGGACCCUAAAGAUGCUCUGCUCAGGGAGUUCCAGGAAGAGAUUGCUCGACUCAAAGAACAGUUAGAGAAACGCUCAGGGAAGAAGAAGAAGAGGAGGAGGAAGGGGGUUGGAGAAGCUGGGGAUGAACUCGAAGAGGACACUGAGGAUGGAGAGACGACGGAGGAGGAGGAGGAUGAUGGUGUAGAACCAGCUGAUAAAGUGGGUGCAGAUUAUUGGCGUGUACAGCAGGAGAAGUUGGAGAGGGAGAGGAAGGCCAUCAUGGAGGAUCACAGCCUGGUGGCGGAGGAGAAACAGAGGCUGCUAAAGGAGAAGGAGAGGAAGAUGGACGCCCUCAAAAAGGAGCAGGAGGCAGGCGAGAUGCUGACUGCCAAAGUCAAGGCGAUGGAGAGUAAGCUUCUGAUGGGCGGGAAGAACAUAGUGGACCACACCAACGAACAACAAAGGAUCCUGGAACAGAAGAGACAGGAAAUCGCUGAGCAGAAACGCAGAGAGAGAGAGAUGAAACAGCAGGUGGAGAAUCGUGACGAGGAGACCCUGGAAUUGAAGGAGACAUACAGCUCUCUACAACAGGAAGUAGACAUCAAGACCAAGAAGCUGAAAAAGCUGUUUGCGAAGCUGCAGGCAGUGAAAACAGAGAUCCAUGACGUCCAGGAGCUGCACAGUAAGGAGAGACAGGAGCUGGAGCAGACCCAGAACGAGUUGACCAGGGAGCUCAAACUCAAGCAUCUCAUCAUUGAGAACUUCAUCCCCAUGGAGGAGAAGAAUAAGAUUGUGAACAGGGCGUUCUUCGACGAGGAGGACGACCACUGGAAGAUGCGUCCCAUCACACGCAUAGAGGAUGACCAGCGGAUGAUGACCAGGCCAGUGUCAGCGGUGGGCUACAGAAGACCCCUGAGUCAGCACGCCCGUACCUCCAUGGUGAUGAAGGCUGACGUCAGAUACAAGGCUGAGAAUAUCCUGAUGCUGGAGAUGGACCUUCCCGCGCGGACCACUAAGGAGUACGAGGAGCCGGUCAUAGCUCCCAUGGUAGCAGCGGCGUUGGAGGAUGCUCUGCGUGAAGAAGAUGAGAUUCAGGUGGACGCCUCCGGGUUCCACAGCAGUCUCGGACCCACCCAGACCACCAGCACCGGGGCCGGAAGGAAACCAAAGUCUGGCCGACCUAAAACGGGUAAGAAGACUGUCACCCCCACCUCUCCAUACAGCCCCUCCAGCCCAGGACAUCCUUUAUACCCACAAUCCCGUGGGCUGGUGCCCAAGUGAUCACCCCACACCUUUCUGUUUUGGGACCCCGAAGACUGCUUUUUGUUUAGUUUUUCUGCUGAGUCUUGCAGACUGAUUUGCAGAGAAAGUGAAGGACACUCAGAUUCAAGCUCAUUUUAUUUUACCUGAGAACGUAGCUGUUUAUGUUUGCGUUUUAAAGAGAUUUGUUACAAUCUUACCAUCCCAAAUGGUUUCUGGACCAAUACUUUUCUGAGCUGUACGUUUCCUCCUGGGCCCCUCCCAGGUCUGCAGUAUGAUGGGAUGUGGACAUGGGGGGGGUUGACAUGAUGGGGCACAUGACAGCUGUUACAUGUCAUUGACAUGCUGUGUUUCUGUGCUGCAUGUCUGUUCAGAAGUGGUUGUGCUUCCUACUUUAGGUUUACAAUGGAAUGCUGUUAUCCAGGAGGUCUGUCUGAGCUUCGUCUGUUGCCCUAGAUAAGUGUCUGUACUGUCUGUACUGCAUGGUGCAAGUGUACAGGCCGGAGGGUGAAGCACACUACAACACGUUACUGUCGCGCGGUGGGGACCGGUUGCUGCUGGAAUCACUAGAUGCUGUUCUUUCUGGCGCACAUGAUGGAUGACGCGACGACAAGGAGAGGAUGACUAC